CAACAAGUGGACCAACAGCACAGAGUUGAAGAUGAUCAGGAUGUCAUUGGACAAAGAGGCUGUCCUCCCUCACGAGGUCAGCCUAUCAGAGCAGCCGGCCAAGGCCCGCCCCCUGCGUGCUAAGAAUGGCCUCCAGUUGCCGGGCAACAGUCAGACCCCCGUUGCCUCCGCCCCCCCCGCUCACCAAAUCGCUAAGAGGCGAUACUCCAUGGGCGUCGGCUUCAAGGGGCCGGCCAAGCGCCGCCGCCGCGUCAGCGACAGCCAAUCAGAGCCCGUUCUGCCGAGUCACUUCCUGCUGGGCGGGAACAUCUUCGACCCUCUGAACCUGAACUCGCUGCUGGACGAAGACGUCAACAGGGCGACCAAUCAGGAGACUCCAACGUGCUCACCCCUGCCGUCGCGGGGCGCAGACCCCGUAGAGAUCCUGGUUCCCCGAGACAUCACCGACCCCCUGAACCUGAAGGGAGGGGGCGGGGACGGGAAGGGGGGUUCUGCUGUCCCCGUGAAGUCCAGGAGGAGACACAGGAACCGACACCAUGGAGCAGGAGGAGGAGGAGGGGGAGGAGAGGGAGGAGGAGCAGGAGGAGGGGGAGGAGAGAGGGAGGUGAUACCAGCUCGACUGUUUCCCUCCACAGCUGGACCGACAGUUCCUCCGGUGACCAGAGAGGGCAGCGUUUCAGCGUCUCCUCUGCCCUGUGAACUCAACACGGCCAUCACCUGUCGGGAAGACGUAGCCCCGCCCCCCAUCCUCCCCAGGAGACACACCCACCCUCCACCGGGACACGCUCACAAGCCCGGUAACCAUGGCGACGGUCGCCAACGCAGACGGCGGCGCACCACCUCCACGAGGUCGGCGGACUGCGCUGCCAGCAGCGAUACCAUGGCAACCGCAGCUCAGCCAACCAGAUUCGAGACGCCGCUGGUGGGAGGAGCUAAAGCCGGCAGGUGUGGAGGACCUCAGUCCGGCUCCACUCAGACACCAGAGAAGAAGAAGAAGGACAAGCACCGCUACCAGUACGGCAACCACACCUGUUACUACGGUUACCACGGUUUCUACGGUGACGGGUGGGAGGGGCACGUCGGGGCGGAGCAGGACCCGCGGCUCUGCCUCCUGCAAGCCGAUUGGUUCAGAGACAAGAAGGUGCUGGACGUGGGCUGCGGGGCCGGUCACCUGACGCUGGCCGUCGCCCGGAGGUUUGACCCCGCCCACAUCCUGGGGGUGGAGCUAGACCGGCGAUUGGUCCACGCCGCCAAGCAGAACCUCAGGCACUUCCUGUCACAUGACCUAGUGGUGGAGGAGAGGAGGAGGAGAGGAACGCCGGGAGCCUCCUCUUCCUCUCCUCCAAGGAAGAAGGAGGAGGAGAUGAAGAAGAUGGAGGAGGAGAAUGAGAAGAUGGUGGAGGAGGUGGAGCAGGCUCUGUCUCUCCUCUCCCUCCCCCUCUCCUUCAGGGUGAGUCGAGGUCCUCUCUCUGCUCCUCCUCUCCUCCACUCAUCUUCAUCGUCCUCCUCCAGGUUCCCCGACAACGUCAGCUUCAUCCAGGGGGACUACGUGUCGGGGGGGGAGUGGUGGCCUGGGCGGGGUCAGUAUGACGUCAUCAUGUGUCUGGGCGUGACCAAAUGGGUGCAGCUGCGUUCUGGCGGGGGCGUGGUCACUCUGUUUAGACGAGCCUAUCAGAGCCUGUCGCCGGGCGGAUUAUUCAUGCUGGAGCCACAACCAUGGAGCAGCUACAGCCGCAGCAGGAGGGCCUCGGAGGCGACAGAUCGUAACUUCAGGAGUUUGAGACUGAGACCUGAACAGUUCACCUUCUACCUGACUGACAGCGUGGGCUUCACCUCGUACAGACUCAUCACACACACAGGUAACCAGCGUCCAGUCUACCUGUUCCACAAAGGCCCCGCCCAGAGGAAGUGAUGUCACCAGGACACGAUAUGACACGUCUCACUUUGAGAUGCCUGUUUCCAUGGAAACCGCCCUGGACUGUGACUGACAGGCGGGAGGAGGCAGCUGAUUGGACGCUGUAUAUUUGACUCGUGAGCUCGCAGCUGAUUGGUUGAACAGUGGAGUCCGUUUGAUGACAUCACAUCAGGGACGGUGACAAACCGCAGUCUGAUUGGACGGAGUCGGUUUCUGUGAAUGUGAUUGGUUGUCACUCGCUCAUCAAGCCAGAGCAAAGCAUUGUGGGUAACUGUGGAUGGACACUGACAGGAAGUGACACGUCGGUUUUCUAAACAUUUUAUUGUUUAACUGUUUAUUUGAGAUUAAAGCUGUCGCUGACGUUCUGUCUCUGAGGAAUUUAUCCACAGCUCAAAGUCUGAACCGACGUUCUCACAACGUUCUCACAACGUUCUCACAACGUUCUCACAACGUUCUCACAAAGUUCUCUCUUUGUAAACGUUCCACAUGAGAACGAUGAAGAACCGGAACCGUGGAGCUGAGAUCAAAC